GUUUAGGUUUUGGCUCUCCUUCUCUAUUUCGUUCGGCUUCGUUCCUUCCUUCGCGUGACUGUAGAGUUUUGCAGGAGUUCUUCUUCGUCGCUGUUCGACUUCGCUCCUUCGACGACGUUCCCUUCCUGUUGGAUUGAAAGUUACGACAUUUUUUGAUCGGAAGCAACAACGGGAGCUCGCUUGCUGUGAAGCUAGCAAUAUGGGUGCAAAGGCAAAGAAGUCAUUAAAAAAGAAACUCACUAAAGCAUCACAAUUAGCUGCCGCUCGUCGUGCAAAGGAACAAUCUUCGGAUUUCCUGCCUUUGGAAGGGGCGCAGGCUACCAAACUUCCUAAAGAAGAAGAGGAGAAUAAGGCUACUGUUCUAUAUAUUGGUCAUAUACCUCAUGGAUUUUAUGAGGAGCAAAUGGAAGGCUUUUUCAAGCAAUUUGGCAAGGUGAAGAGAUUGAGGAUUGCUAGGAACAGAAAGACUGGAAAAUCAAAGCAUUAUGGUUUCCUUGAAUUUGAAAACCCAGCGGUGGCUAAGGUUGUGGCUGAUGAGAUUCAUAACUAUCUACUGUUUGAGCACAACCUUCAAAUUGAUCUGAUUCCUUCAGAAAAAAUUCACCCAAAAUUAUGGAAAGGCGUGGGUAAGACCCAUAUCCCACAUAGGUGGAUAGAAAUGGAAAGAAAAAGGCAUAACAAGGAGAGAAACACCAAAGAAUAUCAGAGUUUGGUGGAAGGAAUUUUGAAGCGUGAUGCAAAAAGGCGCAAACGCAUAAAGGAUGCUGGCAUUGAAUAUGAAUGCCCUGGAUUUGUGGGUAACAUUCAAACUGCAAAUAAGAAGAUCAAAUUUGCUGAUGAGGAAGAGAAAGAGGAAGAGUGAAGCAUUCUCACACACAUUUGUUUCUGAUCACCUAUCGUUUGUUGAACUCUUUCCUUGAUAGACUUUAGGAACAAUUAUUUGCUUGUCUCUAUUUAUUUUAUCAAUUAUUUUGUAUCUUUCUUCCUUUUUAGUUGCUAUGUGAGGAAAAAAAUUCUGUUUGGCUUUAGUAAAGCAACUGGUUUUCUAUACUUCA